AUGGUGGAUGUGGAGGAGGUCGGGAACAAGAUGCAAUCGCAGAUGCGCCUGCACGCCGAGCCGGAGGACGACGCCGCCGACCUCCCCCUGCCGGUCCUCUUCGACAGGGCGUCGCGGCUCCACGCCCUGGCCUCCAGCUCCGCCCUCGACCAGGACGGGAUCCGCACGGGGGUUGAUCUGCUGCGGCGCUGCGACGAGAUGGUUAGCAAGCUCGGCCUCUUCUCCCGCAACGAGACCAAGGAAGACGUCUCCACCGCAAACCUCAAGUAUCUACUGGUUCCGUAUUACCUUGCGGAAAUGACUGAGAAGAUAGCUCAGGAGGAUCGGAUCCCGGUUCUUAAGGCAUCACAGGACCAUUUGAAGGAGUUCAUUGCUCUAUGUGAAGUACUAGAGCUUAUUCCAGAGGAUGAGCUAGAAUUGUCCAGGCAGAAGCAGCCUGAUACUAUGGCAAACAGAAGAGCGCAGAAGGUUGCCCGGUUCAAACGUCAAAAGGCUGCAGAAACGAAGCUCCAAGAGAUCAGAGAGAGAAAGGAAAGGCGUGGACGCUCAUUGAGGGCAGCUGCUUUAUCUGCCCCAAUUGAAGCUGGAGAGGAAGAUGACCUGGGGGAUGAUGGGGAGGAAGAAAGAGAGGCUUGGUUAGCUACCAUCUCACUGGCUAUCUGCAAGGCAUUUGAUCUUCUCGACAUGCUAAAGAAGGAAGAAGAAAUGCUUCUAGCUGUAAAGGAAAGGAAGGCAAAGGAGGGGAAUGCAUUUGCUCGUGAAAUGCUUGAUGAACGGACAAAGAAGGCUGAAGCAUGGCACCAUAAUGCUGCCAACCGUGUGGCAUAUUCCAAACCAGCUGAUCCAAUCACUUGCGCAACAUUUGCUCAAGAUGUAAUUGAAGGUAGAGCAAACGUUUCACAAGCUCACGAGCACAAACACCAGCCCCUGAUAUUUGGACCUGCAAGUCUUGUUGGUGGUGGUCUAACCAGUGAAAGGGAAAGAAUGGCAGCACAAGUUUUUCAGCCCAGUUACAGGAUGCCAACAAUGAGCAUAGAAGAAGCUGGUUUGCGCGAGAUGAAAAUGAUGGAGAAGUGGCAAGAGAGGACCGCCGAGAUGAUGAAAGAAGCAAACUCUGCGUGGCACAAGGAUGGCACCAGCUCGGCCCAAGAGGACGAGGACGCCGAGGAGGCGAAAGCAAGAGCUGCAAGGUACGCAACACCGAUCGUCGGCCUCGGCCAUGAAGCUGAGCAUGCCUUUCUUCGGCUCGUCGUCCUCCUCCGGCAAGAAGCAGCAGGAGACGAUCAGCAAGAAGAGGACGAAGGGAUCAAAGAGCGGCUCCUUCGGCUCCACCUCCUCCUCCUCGUCCGACGAGUGCGCGUCGCCGUCCGCCGCCACGACCCGCGCACCGUCCUCCCACUCCCAAUCCGAUCCGCGUCGUCGUCGUCGUCCGCCGGGGGUGGCGGCAACGGCAAGCCGAAUAAGCCGAGACCGCCGGUACUAGCCGCCGUGCCCGUGACGCGGGAGGACCUGGAGGUGGCGCUGCGCCGGGUGGUGCGGAGCGAGGCGGAGCUGGCGGCGGUGCUGGCGGAGGCGGAGGCGGCCGGGCUGGCGCCCGAGGCGGCCGCGGCGGCGGAGGCCGAGGACGAGGCCGAGCUCCGCGACGCGUUCGCGGUGUUCGACGCCGACGGCGACGGCCGGAUCUCGGCCGAGGAGCUCCGCGCCGUGCUCGCCUCGCUCGGCGAUGAGGCCUGCUCCGUCGACGACUGCCGGCGCAUGAUCGGCGGCGUCGACGCCGACGGCGACGGCUUCGUCUGCUUCGACGAGUUCUCGCGCAUGAUGGUGCCGCAGGGGGCGGCAGCGUGA